CAAAACCCGCAAGUGCGUGUGGUGCACCUUUCCUCGGAAGCAGGAAAUUCGGGUACUUGGGCCCGAAACCGCCGUUAGGAUUCAUCGUUCAACGUAUCACCAGUCCUCCUCCUUCGAACCGGGUCUUAAGCAGCCACUGAAGGCCGCCCACCGCUAUCCGCCAGCACUGGUUGACGUUUUUUCCGGCACCAUUCCGGCAACCAUAGAAAAGAUAGCGGUUCCGUCGUCGGUCGGGUUGCGGAGUACAUAUCCUGCUGCUGGUCCGUUGCCAACCUCCAAGACGGAAGACCCCAGGCAAACGGGGACAGAGUCUCGUGCCACGGGGAGGGAAAACCAUAUCCCCCCCGCUAGCCGACGCUGGGUCCCUCCAUCACUGAGACCGCAACAUGGACUCACCGAAGAGGCCAGAAUUGAUUCGAUCUUUCGAAAAGUACGCGGUAUUCUGAACAAGCUAACCCCAGAAAAAUUCCAAAAACUAAGUGAUGACCUGCUGAAGCUAGAUCUGAACUCGUCCAAGAUACUGAACGGUGUUAUCCUGCUGAUAUUCGACAAAGCCUUAGAUGAACCCAAGUACUCGUCUAUGUACGCGCAGCUGUGCAAGCGCAUCGAGAAAGAACUAGAGAUCGACAUUGACAAAACUAAAUCGAACACCUUCCUGCAAAUUCUGCUGAACGUUUGUCGCGACAAGUUUGAGAACCGGGUACAGUAUAGUGAGAAAAUCAUCAAUUCGGAACUCGCCCUCACCGAUGAUCUGGAGGAAAAGAAGAAUGUGGCCAAACAGAAGAUAUUGGGCAAUGUUAAAUUCAUCGGCGAGCUGUACAAGCUCGACAUGCUCGGCGAGCCACAUCUGCACAAGAUGUUGCGCUCGCUCAUUACCAGCAAGUCCAGCGCGUCGUCGGAGAAAAACUGCGAGGACAUGGAAUGCUUGGCACAACUCAUCAAGACCUGCGGAAAGAAUCUGGAUACAGAGCUGGGAAAACAGCUGAUGGAUCAAUACUUUGACCGGAUGGAACAGUAUUCCCUGUCGAGCAAAUAUCCGCCCCGGAUCCGGUUUCUGCUGCGCGAUCUGAUUGAACUGCGCAAGAACACCUGGACACCGCGGAAGGUGGCCCGCGUGGAAGGACCGGCUCCGAUCCAGGAGCUCACCAACGAGGACGACCUGGUGCUGCGGCCGCCGUUCGGCAUGCGGAGCCGCGACUAUCGCAACCAGGGCGACCGGGGCAACGAGCGGGACUGGAUCAGCAAGUUUUCGCUGAACCCGUUGAACUUCAACGAUAGCUUCAACCUGCUGAGCGCAUCGAGCCCGACGCCCAUGAUACCAUCAUCGUAUUCAUCGUCGAACGGCUACGGCAACCGGGACCACCGGGAUAACGGUGGCAAUGGGGGUAGUGGCAGCGGCGGUGGUGGCAACUACCGGAUGCACAACAAUCGCAACGGUGGCGGUCAAAAUCACCAUCAGCAUAACAACUACCACGGCAAUGGCAAUGGCGGUGGUAACAUGCGCUACAACAACAAGCACAACAACCACAGUGGUGGCGGUGGCGGCAGUGGUCGGGAUGGCAAUGGCGGUCCGAGCAGCCAGCACCAACAGAAUAGGGAUGGACAGAAUACGCACAAUUCGUCCUACCAGAACCGGGACGGUAUGAUGAAUAGCAAGGACUUGGCGCCGCGAUUCAAGCGCAACCUGAUGACACCCCAGAAUCCCGUCGAGGAUCUACAGAUGCGUCCAACGCCGAACAGCUUACUGUUCAAAACCCAGAACAUGAACAUGAAGACGCAGCUGCCGAUCUCGCAGGCGCCUUCGUCACAGUCCGGAAAAGGAACUGGCUACAGCGCACCGCAGCUGGGAGAUUUCUCAUCGCCACUGACCACCCGCACGCUAUUGAGUGAACAAAGGGCAGCGGCCACCGCUGGUAAUGGUUCCUUUGGGUCAAACGCAACCGGUAACAACCAAUCGUCGGUAGUUGCCAACAACUUCGGACCUGGAUUAGGAAACAGUGCAUCUGCAGGAGGACCCAACGGAAAUGGUCCUACCGCUACAGGACCAGCUGGUCAGCAGAACGCUUCCAAUCAAUCUAGUCCUAGCCAGCAGACUCCGUUGGCCCGGAACAGUCUGAACAAUCAACAGAAUCUAUUGAAUGGCAAAUCUCCAUCCAACCAACCUGCUUUGGCACCUAUCACUCCCAUCAACAACAUCCUCCAGAAGGAUCAGGUAAUCAUCAAACAGGCUUCCGCCGAGAAGGCCGAGAAGAAGAACAAGAAAGACAAGGGCCCGAACAAGGAAGAAUUUAUGAAGAAGAUUUCCACCUUCGCAUCCGAUCUGUUGCUGGACAACCUGCAGAAGCAAAUCGACGAAGAUAAGCAGAAUGAGUCCAAACCGCCGGUGGACAAACCUGCCGAAAACGGUGCCGUCAAGGAAGUGGUAGUCGAGGUGGUCGAUCAGACCCCGAUCCCAACCAAUCUGGACACGGUGAACGAAGCUGAUCUCAACGAGGAGAAAUCCGAAGACAGCGACAAGUCCUGCGCCGAAAAGGCCGACGUUGGUUCGGAAACUGAGAAAAUCGAAGAGGAGGAACCGGAAGAAACCAAACAAGAGAUCCUAUCGCUGAUGGAUGAGCUGGUGCAUGAGUUCUGUGAGCUCAAGAUUCCGGAAAAGUUCAUGCGUGACUCGAUCGGCAAAAUCGUCAACGAAGUCCUGGACAAGUCGGAUCCAUUCCACGAAAAGAUGAUUGAAUUCCUCCAGCGGUUGCGCAAGGAAAACAAACUCUCGAACGGAGCUAUGCUGGAUUCCUUCAAGGCGUUGGUCAAUUCGAUGAACGAGAAGGAGAAGACCAUCCCGAAGAUCACCACCAUCGUGGCAUCGCUGCUCUCGCGGGCAGUUUCUGUGCGCCUGUGCAAGCUGUCCGACAUUUCCAACUACACGGACAACGGUCAGCACUAUCCGCUGUUCCUGCUGGUGCUGCAGCAGCUGCACAAACAGCUCGGCAAGCAAACCCUGCAGGAGAUGUUCCAACAGAACAAGGUGAACCUGAUGACCAGCCUGCCCGAGAGCGAUCGCACCAAGGACCGGAUGGCGGAAAUCCUGGAGGAUCGCAACUUGAGCUUCCUGUAUCCGCUACUGCGAGUGCAAGCCGAACUGUGGAAGCAGAUCCAGGUCGAUUCCAAUCCACAGCAGUUCUACAAGUGGAUCAAGGAGAACGUCGAAGCCGGCUGCUACACGGAUCCGGGCUUCAUUACGGCCGUCAUGACCGUGCUGCUGAAGUAUAUCAUGCAGGAAUCGACCAAGUAUGACGAUGAGAAACUAUCGGUGGAGAAGGAGAUGGAAAUCCUAAGGAAGUACUGCCCGGUGCUGAAUGCGUUCCUGAAUGGUAACAACGAGUUGCAGCUGAUUGCAAUCUACGCCAUGCAGGUCUACUGGUACAGCAUCGAUUUUCCCAAAGGAGUCCUGCUACGUUGGUUCCGCGAGUUCUACGAGCUGAGCGUCAUUGAGGAGGAUGCCUUCCUGCGCUACAAGGAAGACGUCACCGACAUGUAUCCGGGCAAGGGUAAGGCGCUGUUCCAGGUCAACCAGUGGCUCACCUGGCUGGCGGAAGCCGAAGAUGAGGACGAAGAGGAUGAGGAGUAAGGUCUUCUCAGAAAGCAAACACACACA